UAAUAAUAUAGUUAUUAAUAUCUACCCUAUAAAGUAGGAAACUAAAGAAGAAAUGGACUCAAGCUCGUUGUGCUAUUCUCUGGAGCUCGUUGCAGGCAGUGGGUGCACUCUGAGUGUUGAGCAGAGAGCAGCUCUGCAGACUUCCCUGGUGCUGCUGAAGAAAAACUACAAGUUCCAUCGAGUCUUAUUCUGGGGCAAAAUACUGGGAUUAAAAGAUGAUUAUUUUAUUGCUCAGGGCAGAGGAGAAGAUGAGAUGCAGGAUAAAAAGAACCUGUAUAGCUUCAACUGCAUGGACUGGUUCCUGCUUCCUCCUGCAACAGACUCUUUGGUCGAGGACGUGUCCAAAGCUGCAAAGAGUCGCUUCAUCGGAGACCCCUCAUUUGUGUAUGAGCAUGGAGAGAGGGAUGCUGCCGCAGAGGAUGAAGUAGUGACUAAAGUCAAUGAGGAAAGCAGGCUGGCAGUGGCAGUUCAUCAGAUCGAUGAGGAAGUGUCUGUGGUACCACGUGGCGCCUUCAUCAAAAAUCCACAUGGUCUUGUCCAGAUCAACCGCAGCUUUGGGGGUCUGUCUCACUCGGAAGCAAAGAAGCUUGACAACUUCCUUCACUUUCGCAAAGCAAAGAAUCUGAAGAAGAAAACCGUCCUGGAAAUGGGUGAUUUGAACCCAGCGAUCGACUUCCUGGAUGUACUGAGCGAUGACAUUCCUAAAGGAUCAUGGAGUCUUCAGCUUGAAUGUGCCAGCAACGUGUGUGUGCUCCGAAGCCUGUUGUGGCUUGGCCUUACCUUCUACAAUGUGCCAAUGACGCCACAGCACGGAUACAUCUACAUCGGUCAUGGGACAAAGAAUCUGGACCUUCCCUUCAUGCUCUGAAAAGAGACAUCUUACACCUAUUUCGAGCUAAGAAGUCUUAA